AUAAUAGUACUCGGUCCCUGACCACGCAUCACCUACUUGGUGGGAAGCCAUGGCCAUUGCAGGGACAACUCCUUCUUCACCAUUUCUGGGCCACGUUCCUUUCCACAUUGUAAUUGGGAAAUCCUCAUUUGCUCAAUUUACCCACAAUUCACUGUUUCGGGGUUCAAAAACAACUGUCAAGGUUCUUCUUCCUCUUGGGGAAUUCACUUCCAUUUGGUUUCCUCAAUCUCAGAGGUUUCGCCAGAGAAGUCGGAUUCGUGCCACAGGAAAUCCGAGUAUGCGAUCAGCCGGAGGAGCGAUACGGACGUUGUUAAUCACCGGCGUUAGCCGAGGGUUGGGAAAAGCCCUAGCCCUAGAAUUGGCAAAGAGAGGACACUACAUCAUCGGCUGUGCUCGUUCUCAGGACAAGCUCAAUGCCUUCCAAACCGAGCUCGCUUCCUCUACGAAUCCUCCUUCAGAAAACAAACACCUCCUCAUGAGCGUCGAUGUGAGUUUAAAUAGCAGCGUUGAAGAGUUCGCACGUGCUGUUAUGGAGAAAAAGGGCGUUCCUGAUAUCAUCGUGAACUGUGCGGGAACUAUUAAUAGGAACAACAAACUUUGGGAAGUGCCAGCUGAAGAGUUUGAUUCUGUCAUUGAUACUAAUCUGAAAGGAACUGCAAAUGUUCUGCGUCACUUUAUUCCCCUAAUGCUUGAGAAGAAGCAAGGAGUGAUCGUAAAUAUGUCUUCUGGAUGGGGAAGAUCUGGCGCAGCACAGGUGGCACCUUAUUGUGCUUCAAAAUGGGCAAUUGAAGGUUUGACAGCAUCAGUUGCGAAGGAGUUGCCCCCUGGAAUGGCAGCUGUUGCACUUAAUCCUGGUGUCAUUUACACGGACAUGCUUCAGUCAUGCUUUGGCAAUUCAGCAUCCCUAUAUCAGACACCUGAGUCAUGGGCUCCAAAGGCGGCUAAUAUGAUACUAAAUCUAACCAUGGCUGAUAAUGGGGCAUCUCUCUCGGUGUAAGUUUACACAAUUAAGCGACAUACUAGCUUUAGCAGGCAGCAGAAUGAUGGAAACCACCAGUUUUUACCUUCGUUGAGUGUGAUGCCAUAGGAAAUUUGAAACAUUUGUAAUGUUUUGAGAAACUUUAAGAGGGAAUUUAGGCUUUAUGUAUAUUCUUUUUUGUCUAUUUGUUUGAAAAAGUUGCUAAUUUAUCAGUUGGUCAUCCUCCUAUGAUCCAUAACAUAACCAGAUUUGCCUAAUAACUAAGUACUUGGUCCCUGUAGUUACUGCUAUAAUCGAAUGAUGCUUUUGGGAUAUAA